AGAACCGUUAGCAAGAACCAGAAUUUACUUCUUUAUAAGUAUUGACACUGCAGUUCGUGUGCCGUACGAAAUUUUUUUUCUGGUGCUUUCUAAGCAAGGUCCCUUGUAUUUCCAAUAAUUGUCAACUAGCAUUGAAUAGGAAUUGCUCCAUUAACUGGCGUUGCAAUACGCCCACCAGCCCAAUUAUCUUGUGAAAUAAAUCAUAAUAAGCAAGUAAUCGAUUUUCUCUUUGAGUUUCGAUAGUUCUGCUCUUAAAACUCCCAGCACAUUUCACGCAGAGAUGGAAGAUCUGGGGAAUCCACAGAAUCGGACGAUCACCUUGCUCCUUAACGGAACCGUGUGCCUUCGCGCUGAAAGGCAGUUGUUAACUAAAUUAUCGCCAAAUUAUUUCCGCCCUAUGCUCCAGCAUGGCCAGUUCAGCGAGUCCCACCACGACGAAAUUCGACUGAUGCUCCCUGCGGAAUUUAAUGCGGAAGCGGGGAAACAGUUACUGGAAGGAAUUCUCAGCCAGCGCAAUCCAGCCGAGUGGCUCCCGACAACCGACGCAGAUCUGGCUGACUUUCUGAUUCUGGCUGAUUAUUUCGGUUUUGACGAUGUGGCCGACGUGUGCGGACAACGGUUGCUGGAAUUUAUUACACCCGAUAAUGCGUGCUUUCUGUGGAAAUUGGGGGAUGUGUGCCGCGUGAAGACACUGAUGGAGGGCGCCUUACGAGACGUGCUGCGAAAAGGUAUUACGGAUUUGAUCGAAUUGCCUGAGUUCUUGGAGUGUGGACUGACGGCGCUCCUGGAGUUUCUCUCGUAUAAGAACUUGGUGAUGAAAAGUGAGGAAGAAGUCUUGAAUCUGGUAUUAGCUUGGUGCAAUUUCGCCAAGGAUUCCCGUUGGAACGCCGAAACACUGGACAUGCUCCUGCCAAAGCUCCAUCUAGACCGCAUCCCCAACGAAAUUUCCGAACUGAUCGCUAACAACUCUGAGCCGUUAUCUUCAUCCCUGAGAGCCGCCGCUCAGCAGCAGGGCUUACUGAUUUCUCCGUGUGGAAAUGAAUUAAAACAGCGACCAGCCCAACACCGUCCCGCCAAACAGGCCAUCCUCCUGUACACCGGCCGCCCUACCUGCCGUUAUGCCCAACAGCUAUCGUCCGAGGUGCCGGAGGGCACCUUGUCCAUUUUACAUCCUCGGUGGAAGAAAACCGCAGAUAUUAAAUUUCCCUGGGAGGACCUGGAUAUCGGCCGGUUCCGCUAUAGCACGUAUGCGGUACGCAUCGAUUAUGAACUGAUUUUCCAGGUGCGCUGGACAUUGCGGCGCGGGAGUGCGUACGGGCAGCGGGGACACCCGCCCGGCACGCGCGUUACUAUGGAUCCCGAAGAGGCAGAGGAAAUUCGUGCGGCACUGGGCGGUUUGUGGGGUGAGGAGGCGGGGCGGAAGUACCGCUUGCCGCAGAUCGGAGUGGCGCUGAGCCUACGGGAUAUGAGUUACCGGCGCGUGGCCAUCUUGGAUUUCCAGCUUGUUGAGUUCGAUAAGAAUCCUCCGGCGGCGGUGGGCAGCUGUGUGUAUGGAUGGAAUCCCGAGCGACAGUUCGUCAAGUGCGAUGUGGAGAUGAAUGCUGUAACCGUAUUGGCGUCACCGAGAUUUGCCAAAAUAGAGUCCAGUGUUGCCGUAAGCGGUACAACACUGCUGUACUGCGGCGGCCGCACGGCGUCGGUGAUGGGCAGUGUGAAGGCGCUGACCACGGUAGAGGCUUACGAUACACUGACGGAUCAAUGGCGCAUUCUGCCUCCCAUGGCUUAUGACCGUGAGAAACCCGGUGUGCUCGUCAACGGUGAUUAUCUGUACGUCUGCGGAGGCUACACCACCGAGAUGGACUACUCCGAUCGGUACGUCGGCUGCUAUCUGGGCAACUACUACGCCGAACGUCUCCACUUACAAACGGAAAUCUGGGAACCCCUACCGCGCAUGCAGUAUUCCCGGCACGGUCACGGUAUGUUUGAAUGGGGCGGGUUAAUCGUGGCAAUGGGCGGCAGCAAUCUGGAUCUGUUUCUCGAGAACGUGGAGGCGUACGAUCCGCAGAAGAACUGCUGGGCGACGAUCGAUAUGCCGGAAAUGGAGGGCUUGGAGUUAUCGUUCUUCGGGCUGCAGAUUACGACGUGCUUCGUAGUGGAGGUCACGCAGGAUAUGUGGGAAUGCAGUUUGUUCUAUGACGGCUACACCGGUGAAGAUGACAGUGAUAACGACGAGGAUAUUGAGGAAGAAGAUACCGAGGAUAGCGGACAUGACGGCGGUGAGGAUAGUGAUCAGGAUUAGUUUACUGAAAAUGACUUGGUUAACUGUCUUGUGAUGAUGGAGAUGCUGGGGAUCACUGUUGACUAUGGGAAUCGUUAGGUCGACACCGGAUUGUCAUUGCGUAUAAUUGCCGCUGAAUUCUUUGUUUGGUGCUUUAUAUAAUUGUACGAGUAACUUGUAUUUUAUUUGUGAACCUUGGUUGAUUUAGCAUUGUCUCCGUGUGCGGAUAAUGAUUUCAAAUAACGAAUUUUAUCUUUGAUUUUGAAAGUACAUUGUUGGUAAAUGUUUUGUCAACUGUGUCCGUAUAGCUUCGGAAUAAGUCAACAGG